UCUUCAGGAGAGAGGGUGAGAGACACUCGCACACAGGGGGAGUGAGCCAGCAUGCUGACUUCAGCCUGACAUUCGACUCCUGAGCCCACAGGCUGCAGUGGCAAAAGUGCAGGCAGGCAGCACUCUGCGUUCUUUCGCUCUCUCUGAUUCUUUGCUGAGAGUAGUUUGCUCUGUUUGACCUUAGGGAGUUUGCUCUGCUCUUCUCUUCUGUAUCGCUUCUGGAGUUCUCACUGGAUUCUUCAGCAGGCUGUGGGAGUGGUCCCUCACACUGGCGCUGGAAUGCAUUCGUAGACAAGGGGGGAAACUUGCCUCUGCGUUCUUGUUGUUUUUCUCUCUUCCUCUCAUUUUCCCUUUUUCUCCCUCUCUCCUUGGGCUCCAUCUCAAAGGAACUUCCUGACUACUACUUGAAGCUGGACACACUUGUGUAACAUUCAUGGAUUACAGUGCCUAUUUUUUGGGGUUUUUGUUUUUUGAAUAUUAAUCUUUUUUUUUUUUUUUUCUACCCCUUGUGUGUGUGUGUGUGUGUAUGUGAGUGUGUUUCCUGGGUUGCACUCUAAAGAGGAUUUUUUUUCUCACCCCCUCUGUAAGACUCCUGUAAGUCUCCUGCACAGUGGUCAGUGUACAAUCACUUGGAUUAUUUGUGUGCCUGUGAGUAUAUGAGAGAAACUGUGUAAGUGGUCAGUCAGGCCUCUGUGCACCCUCUGUCCUUCAUGUGUUCAGGGGGUCUCCAUGAGUGGACCUAACACCUAACAACCAUUUGGAGGAGUAUUUUCAGCUGGCCUUGUGUUGGGAGGGAGAGAGGAAGCAGUUUCAGAGACUGGACUGAAGGGGCCCUCUGUUAUGGGCUGUUUUGUUUCUAUGGAAGGAGCGCAAUGAAGAGUCCCUCAGCUCCCCAUGUCGCCCACUGUUAGGCUGCAGCCCGUCUACUCAUGGAAGGGGGUUCUCAAGCUCUUCACAUGCAUAGCUGCCCGAACGGCCAGCAAGCCUAAAGAUGGUACACUAGAGCACCAUACACUAGAGCACCAGCAUCUCAGACCAAAACAAGUAUCUCUGGAGGUCCACACAUUUCAAGAGAAGAAGAUAGCCUUACUUGGGAAUCAUAUGGACGAAGAAAUGAGUCGCCAGACCGCCACAGCGCUGCCCACAGGAACCUCCAAGUGUGCCCCCUCUCAGCGCGUCCCCACCCUGUCCGGCACCACCGCCUCCAACAGUGACCUGGCCAGCCUGUUCGAGUGCCCCGUGUGCUUCGACUAUGUGCUGCCCCCCAUCCUGCAGUGCCAGAGCGGCCACCUGGUGUGCAGCAACUGCCGGCCCAAGCUCACCUGCUGCCCCACCUGCAGGGGCCCCCUGGGCUCCAUCCGCAACCUGGCCAUGGAGAAGGUGGCCAAUUCGGUCCUGUUCCCCUGCAAGUACGCCUCGUCCGGCUGCGAGGUGACCCUGCCUCACACAGACAAGGCCGAGCACGAGGAGCUGUGCGAGUUCCGGCCGUACUCGUGCCCCUGCCCCGGCGCCUCCUGCAAGUGGCAGGGCUCGCUCGAUGCAGUCAUGCCUCACCUCCUGCACCAGCACAAAUCCAUCACCACGCUGCAGGGCGAGGACAUCGUUUUCCUGGCCACGGACAUCAACCUCCCCGGAGCCGUGGACUGGGUCAUGAUGCAAUCCUGCUUCGGCUUUCACUUCAUGCUGGUGCUGGAGAAGCAGGAAAAGUACGACGGUCACCAGCAGUUCUUCGCCAUCGUGCAGCUGAUCGGCACAAGGAAGCAAGCCGAGAACUUUGCUUACAGGCUGGAGCUAAACGGCCACAGGCGGCGGCUCACCUGGGAGGCCACGCCGCGUUCCAUUCACGAGGGCAUCGCCACCGCCAUCAUGAACAGUGACUGUCUGGUAUUCGACACCUCUAUCGCCCAGCUGUUUGCUGAGAACGGCAACCUGGGCAUCAACGUCACCAUAUCCAUGUGCUGAGGACCGUCACAGACACACGCACUAGCGUGUGCUCACACAGACACACACACAGACACAAAAACACACACACACACACACAAAAACAGGCAUAAGCAUACAGUAAAAAAAAACAUACAUUUCACACCACCACCAUGGGACACCUUGAGUUGUACUUUGGGUCAGGGAGGGGGGAGAUAUCUAACCGAGGGAACUUUUUCGCUGUUGUACGUUCCAAGCAAAUGAUAGAACUGACGUUUAUCAGUUAAAAGCUUGGCACGCCCAACCGGAUAUUAUUCCUGGGUUUUCAAUUUUAUGCUACAUUAUUAUUAUUGUUAUUAUUGUUAUUAUUAUUAUAUAUAAGUUAAACGAUAAAAGUAAUGUAUUCUACAUUUUUGAGAGCAAAUGGCAUUGCCCUCAAAGGUGAAAAAGGGCCUUGUGAAGCGGACUUGCGCACAUGUGGCUUUGUUGGUGAAAAUGAAUGGUGAUAGAAUGGUGCAGUAGAAUGGAGGGUUGGGGGGUUUUGGGAUAGGUUCUGUGGUGGGGUUCACUCAAAAAGAUAAAAUAAAAAUAAAAUAAAUUUAAAUUAAUUCCUAAAUAUUGGUUACUGCCCACCCCCACCCCUCGUUUUCUUCACCCCUCCCCUCCCCCCGCACUCACAUGUUGGAAUUUUAGUUCAAAUGAAACACUAACUUCCAAGUUGAGUUUCUGCUGUUGUAGAAUUUAUUCAAGUUUCGUUGUUUCCUUUGACCCCUCACCCUUGGGAAGGACGUAGAUGCUGAUACACGGGCUGAGACUUGAUGCAUCCAGAUUUCAUUUGCAAAUCUGUAUUGUUCCAACACUACUGCAGUGUUUUUUUUUUUUUUUUUUUUUUCUUCUCUUUUCCUUUCAAGGUUUUUCUUUCUUUCUUCUCUGUAGGAAGGGGUCUCGGGAGGGUCCAUCAGAUUGUGUGUGGACCUGGUGUGACCACAUCAGGCUUGAAGCCCCUCAAACAUCACCCUGUCCCUCUUAGGUUUCUAGCUUAAUCUCCAAUAGCCUCCUCUUUUUCAGAUCAGGUGCUCUUAAACAGCAGUCACGCGCCUGUGAAUGUUGAGUCAUUGUACUGAAAUUAAAUGAAAUCCAGUUAACAGAAUGGAUUUUGCUUCCGUUUUACAGCAUGUAUGAGUCCAGGCCGCUGUAAGGUAUAGACAUGUUGUCUGGAAAUCGUGAGCUCUUACUCGGGGAGGUGGGGGCAAGGCUGUACUGAAUAUCAGACUAGAAAACGAGGGCAAUUUCUACAGUUAUUAUUGAGAUUAUUGUUAUCAUUUUUGUAAUGACUUAUAAGAAAAAGGAAUGAAAAAGGCUGUUGUAACAUUGUGGCUAAUCUUCAGUGUUUGUAUAUAGUGUUGUUCUUCAGAAGACCUCAUGUCUUUUGUUCUCUUUUUUGUAAGUACAGAUAUUUUUCCGUUUGUAUGUCUGUUUUUUUGUUUUUGUGAGGAGUGGGCGAAGCAAAAGCCAAACAUCUCUGUGGAUACAUUGUACUGUUGCUGGUCCUGGUCUGUUUUUAUUUGGUUUUAAUGGUUGUUUUUGUUUCUGUUUUGUUCUAUUUUGCCAUUAAAUAAAUCUAUCUUUUUCAUA